AUGUCAACAUUAAUGAUGGAGAAAUGUCCGGUUUGUACGGCGCCGUUAACAGAUUCUCAGAAAUGGCAACGAACAAAAACUACAUCACUUCGAUCAACCAGCGGAAAACGAACAACAUCCGGACAAGAUUUCAAUCGAUCGAAUGUUACACAACAACGUUUGACCAACUCAACAACGCAAAAUCUCGAGAGUGAAUACAUCCGACAAUUGCAAGAACAGAUCUAUUAUCUGGAAACCGAAUGCCACUAUCUGCGUGACCAGCUGAAUAAAAACUCCAUCGUACUCAGUCGAACGCUGAAUGACGAUCGGGUUUAUAAGGUUGAACAAGAACGUAGUGACUUACAGCGAAAUCUUGCUCAAACAUCGUCGCAAUUCGAUCAGUUAGCAAGUGAAAAACAUGGAUUAACGGUUGCUUUGGAUGAACUUCGUCACAAAUUCGAUAUUGAAAAGCAGAAUCUACUAGAUGAACUCGAUAUGCUUCGACGUGCUCGGGAAGUUUUCGAACAAGAAAAGAGAACGCGUGAUCAGGAAUUACAGAAAAUUCGUGAUCGAUCACGUAUUUCUUCGGAUGAGCUGAAAACUGCUCAGAGUAAAAUCUCUUUACUCGAACAACAGGUCCGCUUUCUUCUUGAGCAGCAAUCGAAUCAAAAUAAAACUUUAACGGAUGAAGUUUACCAUCUCACAUUAGAAACAAAGGAUUUACAACGAAGCCUUAACGAUCAACAACUGGCAAGUCGAGAAAGAGAUCGUCUCCAGGGUAUUGUGGUUGAUUUAGAGAAAGAAGUUGAUACACUACGACAAGAAUUAAAAUUGCACGAUAAUCGCUAUAGUGAGGCUCAAUUUCUUCGUAAUAAAUUAGCCGAUGAAAAGGGUGCUUUGAUGAAAGAAGUGACACGGCUUGAAAAUUUAACAAAGGAAUUCGAGCGUCAAUUAGAUCAACUUCGUUUUUCAUUACGAGAACGUACGGACACGCUCCAAGCAAAAGACAAAGAAGUUGCCGCACUACGAAAGAAAGAACAAACUCUUCGUAGUACCAUUGAAAGUAUUCAAAUGAAACUAGAUGGUGAAAUCGGCAAAAAUCAAGAUCUUGACGGCCAACUGACACAGUUGCAACGACAAUUAAACAUUGAAAGUCAAAAUGCUCUGGCUGCUAAACGUGAAUCGAAUGAAUAUGAAUUACGUAAUACACGUUUACAAGACGAAGUCAAUAUUCUUCUACGGGAUAAGGAUCAACUGAACGGUCUGAUUAGUACUCUAAAACAACGGCUUGCGAGUGAAGAAGAUUUAACACGUAGUUUACGUAUUGAGAUUCAAGAACUUGAAGAUCGUGUGAAAGAAAUCGAUCGCUUGAAAUCAUUGGAAGAUCUCAUUCAAUCGCAACGUUGGGACGAUAUAUCACAAAUGGCGCAGACAAUGCAGAGUGUCAGUCGAACUAUGGCAAGAGCAACUAGUCCAACAACAUUACGAAAACGUGUGGAAUUACAAUAG